CCUCCUCCUCCUCCUCCACUCCCCCUCCUCUUCCUCUGCUCCUGGAUGAACUUCCUCUGGAAUGAUGAAGACUACGAGGAAGUGCCGUGCGCUGCUGUCGGUGGCCCUGAACCUGGUGGCGCUCUUCUUCUCCACCACGGCCUUCAUCACCACGUACUGGUGCGAGGGGACGCAGCGCGUUCCAAAGCCCACCUGCAGCAAGCAGCGCUCGCACAACUGCAUCGACUACGGCGUGAACGAGACGGACCAGAGCAAGGUGCACUACAGCUGGGAGACCGGCGACGACCGCUUCCUCUUCCGCCGCUUCCACACCGGCAUCUGGUACUCCUGUGAGGAGAACAUCCACGAGGCAGGUGAGAAGUGCCGGAGCUUCAUUGAUCUGGCCCCGGCCUCGGAGAGAGGCGUGCUGUGGCUGUCGGUGGUCUCCGAGGUGCUCUACAUCCUGCUGCUGGUGGUGGGAUUCAGCCUCAUGUGUCUGGAGCUUUUUCACUCCAGCAACGUCAUCGACGGACUCAAACUCAACGCCUUCGCCGCCGUCUUCACCGUGCUCUCCGGUCUUCUGGGUAUGGUGGCCCACAUGAUGUACACUCAGGUCUUCCAGAUCACCGUCAGUCUGGGACCUGAGGACUGGAGGCCUCACAGCUGGGACUACGGCUGGUCCUUCUGCAUGGCGUGGGGCUCCUUCACCUGCUGCAUGGCCGCCUCCGUCACCACCCUCAACUCCUACACCAAGACGGUGAUCGAGUUCAGGCACAAGCGGAAGCUGUUCGAGCAGGGCCUCCGCGAGGAGCACAGCUACCUGGACCAGGAGGCCUUCCACUACUUCAGGGACCGCUCGCUGCAGUCCAUCUCCAGCACCGUGGAGGUCUACCCCGGCCACAGCGGGGCCAGAGCCGGCCUCGUGGUGGGAGGGCCCGGCCCCGGCCCUGGUCCGGGACCUGGACCCGGACCCGGAUCUGGACCUGGACCGGGUCUGGGUCGCGGGCAGAUGCGAGGUUCGUCGGCCUCCAUCCACCUGGGAGAGACCACGGACUCUCUGGGCGAGGAGCAGUGCUGAGUCUUCAGAGGGUCUGGAUGGA